AUGAGUUCUCUCCAUCGUCUUACUUUGGUCACUAGCCAGGGCAUUGUCAACCAUGGUCUUAGCCCGAGUAACCAGCCAACACACCAAAAUACUACAUCAUCAUUGUCCACCAACAACAAUUCUACCAAUUCCUUAGACAAAUGUGGCAAUUCUCAUCAUUUCUCCGACAAGCCACCCCAAUAUGAUGAAGUUGUGACAGAGGUACCGCCGAAAAUUGUUCCGUCGAUUGGGGUUGAAGGUAUGGGAGUUGCCGCCCUAGUGGACGACUGGCCGCCGCAGUACAGUGUCAGCGAUCCCCUGAAUGUGGAAGAUGGCCAGGGCCGAAAUGCAGGGCCACAAGAACACCCCUUCCAAGGCGGCAGAGAGCAGGAUGAAGAUGACAAUGAUGCCGAUCUGUGGGGGAGCACUAGAGACAGCGGACAUGAGCAGGGCAUAAAAUUUAAUGAGUUGGAUACAUGUGGCAAGGUGAUACGAGUUCUACAGAUAAGCAUCAAAUUAAUAUGUAUCCACUUCUUCCUCUAUGUUUUCAUCAUUUCCCUCAACCUGCUGAGCCAGGCGUUCAGAUUGCUGGGUGGAAAAACAGCAGGUGAGUUAGUUUGUAUGUUUUUCAUUUUUUGA